GUAGGCCUGGGAUGCUUGCAUGAUCCAAGGGUUAUGCAUGCUGAAGGAUUCCUGUUCUCGGCUGCUGCCUCUUCCAUUGUCUUGUGUCAUUCCAGGCAACUGCUGAACUGCACAGGAGUUACAAGUAACCUUACAAAGAAGCCAAAGAAACACGGAAGACAACUUUUGGGGCAUGCAAAUGAGUAGCAACAGCUCAAUGUCAAUCCAUUUUACAUUGUGUUUAUAUUACUGAGUAUUAGGAGUAAUCUUCAGUGUUAUUCUGAUGUUAGAUAAACUGCGUCCACGCUGCUGAUGACUAAAGACAGUUUUUGGAUAGCUUGUCAUCAAGUUAUCUAUCUGACAGAAAACUUAGCUGCCAUCACAUUGCAGUAGUGCAGUCGUAGAUGAAGGAAGGGUGAUUGGGAUCUCAGCAGUUCAGGCCAUGUGACUGGAGGGCUGCCUGCUUUGCAGAAAAUUGGGCUGCUGUCAAGUGCCCCACUGUAAAGGGUAUUUCUGAGCCACAGAUUUUACAUGGGUGUUUUUUGGAGGGGAAGAUCAGUUUAAAGACUGUUGUGGUCAAAACUGCAGUGCAUUAAGAAGUGCACAGCUUGGAAGAUCUUGCCUUAAUCUCCGUUCCUCUCUGAAUUUGAAAGCAAAAUAUUUCAAGGUGAGGCAGUCUUGUUGCCCUUUACCCACUGGAGAACUGUUCUUACGCUGCUUUAUGACCUGGAGUGUGAAUGAAGCAGUGUCCUGCUUGUACCUGGACAAGGAUUCUUUACCUAAAUGAGGGAAAAAGGAGUAAAUUUGUUUCUUGCUUUCUUUUCACCUUUCUGGAAACUUUCAGAUCUGCAGUAGGUGAUAAAACUGCUGUAGGGUUGGAGGGUUAAGACAAAGAGCAAGUGUUAACCCAGUUUUCAACACUUUAUUCUUGACCCUGCCCCUGACAUUGCAGCUUUGCAAGUUUUUGUGAUUGAUUUGUUUUUAUGUUCCAGAUGUUUUGCAGAGAAACAAUUUUCAGUAUUUAAUGAUCCAUUGUAACUAAAGCAGGAGAGGGGUUUUCUUUCUAUGUUAGUGUGAUAAAUAUUGCCAAACACUUUAAGAAAAGAACGAUGGAUGGGGGAGUAAGUGCCUAUUGUUAUUGCAAGGCAGGUAUUUUUGUCUGACAACGUAUUGAAGUGUUCUCUUUUUAAAACAGCAAGGAUUACUGGUUUAAAAUAAAAGAAGAUGGCUUAGCAAAGGUGAUUCUGAAUGGUCUUCAGAGCUGAAAUGGUUGUGUAUGUGUAAAGCUGAGGUUAAGAGAUUAUGAAAUACUGUCAGUGUGACUGUUACAUCAGUUAGGAAGGUGCUAAUUUUGCCUGUCAGUAACUGAGACAGCAUUUUGCCUUAGAUGUUUAUCAAAGAUGACUUUUCUUCUCUCAGACUUGGCUGAAAGUCUAUGAAGCUUUAAAUAAGCAUGAUCAGGUGGAAGAAACUUGAGUGCUGUUGGCCAAAAUUUUACUUCAGCGUUUAAAUUCUUUCAGUUUUUGACACUAUUUGGUAUAUACAAAUCCUUCCCAAUCAGUUAACCUAGUAUAGUCUUUUUAUUAUAAAAAUAAGCUUCAGUGUUGCUGUUAAGAUUUUCUAGAUCCAAACCAAUGACUUUUCUUUGAGUGUAGCCUCCACACCAAAGUGCUCAAAGAGGUAAUUACACUCAAAAAUAAAAGGCAGUGAAGAAGUUGUUACCAUGGAAUUAAGUAAAUCAAGAUAAAACACCAUUGCUUUCUCUAAUGCACAUAAGCUCUGAAGGGCUGGAAAUUGAGGACUUUCUGUAAUGCAAACAGCUUUCAUUUUAUGAAAUAGCUGGUAAUGUUAUAUCUUGCCAGCAAGUGUUUGGACUGCCAGUGAAAAUCUUUCAAAUUCAGAUUAACAGGGGGAUUCUAGGAGGGGAAUAACUAAAUUACUUCUAAAAGAAGUGACAUUUAGUAGAAAUGGUUCCCUGCUUUAACAAUAAUGAAGUCAGUGGUCUAAGAGCUUAUGACCUUAUGAAUUGGAGGAGGAAAUUCAGAAAUGGUUACCAGAACGUGUUACAGUAGGGCUGCCUUUAAUUUGCUUGUUUCGGACUUCUUGUUUGGCACCAAGUAUUGAAAUAACAUGGAAAAAUAGGGGGCAGAUCUGCUCAUAAACUGCUCUGUGUACCAGGCUGAGACUGCUUGUACAUUACAAUAAUUGUGUAGCACAAUGCUGAACGAUGAUUUAAACUGAACGGCUAAGGUGUGGGAAACAAGGAAGAUCUAUUCUCUUAACAAUGGCAGCAAAAUCAUCACUCCUCAAAGUAAUACUGCUAGGAGAUGGUGGAGUUGGGAAGAGUUCCCUUAUGAACAGAUAUGUCACCAACAAGUUUGAUGCACAGCUUUUUCAUACGAUUGGUGUGGAAUUCUUAAACAAAGAUUUGGAAGUGGAUGGACACUUUGUCACCCUGCAGAUCUGGGACACAGCAGGUCAGGAACGUUUUAGGAGCCUGCGGACUCCUUUCUACAGAGGUUCUGACUGUUGCUUGCUUACCUUCAGCGUGGAUGACUCUCAAAGCUUCCAAAACUUAAGCAACUGGAAGAAAGAGUUCAUUUAUUACGCAGAUGUCAAGGAGCCCGAAAGCUUUCCAUUUGUGAUAUUGGGUAACAAAGUUGAUAUAAGUGAGAGGCAGGUGUCUACGGAAGAAGCCCAAGACUGGUGCAGGAAUAACGGCAAUCAUCCCUAUUUUGAAACCAGUGCAAAAGAUGCCACUAAUGUUGCAGCAGCCUUUGAAGAAGCUGUUAGAAGAGUUCUAGCCUCUGAAGAUAGAUCGGAUCAUUUUAUUCAAACGGAUACAGUAAACCUCCAUCGGAAACCGAAACCUAGUUCAUCUUGUUGUUGACUUGACUUUUUUCUUUUUUGCCAAAUUACUUUCAACUAGCUUACUCUGUAAGAGGAUGGGAAAGAUGUAGAUAAAAUAACAGAUGGGUUCUGCUCUAAUACUGAAGUUGUGAUACUCUGCUGCUUUCCUGGAGGAGCAAAACAGAUUUCCAUCCACGAGUGACCCAUUAUUGAAUUAGUGACACUUCCUAUCAGGAAGGUGUCAAGUAAAAAUCUUAAUAUAAGAAUGUAAUUUGCCAACUGUAAAUGAGAAAUACUUUGAAUAUAAUUAAAACUUGAAGUUCUGGAAGCACUACUACGUGGAAACUGUUCUGGAAUUCAGAUACAAAGAAACUUUUAUAUGUAUAUAUAUUUUUAUGAAAUUAGCAUUCCAUUUUGUUUCACUAGAACUCAGUUUCUUAACAAUGCUAGAUAUUAAACUUUAGUCUCGCUGCAUUUCUUUGGAUGUGUGUGGAACUUCAUCUCUAAUGCAUUUACUACAAGUUAACAUAAAUUACCUUCAAGUUUUCUGUAAUUGCUAUAAUUUGUGUAGGUUUUUAAGUAGGAAAUAAAUUUCCUACCUAUUUAAUGUUCAUCUUCCUUUUGUUUACUUACUAUUCUAAUGCCAUAUGAAUUUUUCCAGCAGUUCAAUGCAAAAUGUGAUUUAUUUUUUUAAUGUCUUCCCCUUAUGUCCCAUUCUGGCAUGUUUCUGAUCAAUAGGGUAAAAAAAAAAAUCUGGAUAAACAAAGUAUUUUUCAUAACUGAAAAUGGAUACACGUACUUUAUUUGGUCAGCUUUAGUAACUCUUGGUAACCUACCAUAAUGUGGAUCUCCUCAAGAAAGCUUUUAGUAUACAGCCUUAAAGUUCUGACCUUAUUGUUCUUGUUCACCUGAGCUAUGAAUGUGUUUGUGAUCUCUGUACUGUGAAAUUAAGGAUUUGCAAUACAUAGGGAACUCAGGAAGCUCUUGACUUAGCAGGUAGUGACAGCUUUCCAGUCUAGUACAAGUAGGUACCUAUAACUAAUGUUUGAGCCAAAUUUGAUGCUUGUUUAAUAUGCCAUCGUAGGGUAGAGACUUAAACUUUGGGAUUACUGAACUCAUUAACUGACGGUGAGCAGAAACAAGUUCCAUGUUCAAUGGAUCAUCUUUCUACAGUGUUGCAGAUGAAGCCACAGGAUGUGCAUUUGAAGCUCUCCACUGCUGUCCCAUGGUAGAAUACUUGUAUGAGAAGUUCUUGAAAGCUGUCUCUCAAGAGUGCUCAAUAUCCUUUUAAUAGCAAACUUGAUAAUGCACUAUUGCUUCAAUGUGUAACCUGACUACAAGCAUGCCUGUUAGCGUACACAUUGUAGAGCUCAGAAGGAAAUCAGAGGCCUAUAGGACAGGCCGUGUUUCUCACUAAAUUAUGCAGACUCUGCUUUCUGUACUGCAACCUUUUUGUUGUAAUAGAGAAGCUUUUCUAGAUAGUACAGUAACAGCAGGAGUCUUAACGUGUUUGCUUUGUACCAGAUGUUAUUUAGAAGUAAAGCUUGCAAAACAAACUUCUUGUUGCUCUUAUAUGCUUUCCUCAACGUUUUCUAUGCUCAUUUGAACCUGUUUAUAACCAUGUUUACUCCACAGAUCUGCUGCUCCUGCUGCAAGGUGAUAUUUUGACAAAUUUUGCAUUCAAAGUCCUGUACAUACAGUGACAGAGUUGUGUUUUAAGUUUCAGUCACUGAACUGCUAAAUACAGGCUGACCUGCUGCUUCUGUGAUAUUCAGAUUUAUAGUGAGUGAAGGAAA